UUGCCGAGGCGGCGCCGCCCUCGGCCGGCCUGCGUGCGUGGCUGCGGGCGCCGAGGCGUCCGGUGCCCCGGGUGGGAGCGUGAGCGCGGACGGCAUGGGAUAGGACGCCGCCAUGGUGCGCCGAGAUCGCCUCCGCAGGAUGAGGGAGUGGUGGGUCCAGGUGGGGCUGCUAGCUGUGCCCCUGCUGGCAGCCUACCUGCACAUCCCACCCCCGCAGCUCUCCCCUGCGCUUCACUCAUGGAAGUCAUCAGGCAAAUUCUUCACCUAUAAGGGGCUGCGCAUCUUCUACCAAGACUCUGUGGGUGUGGUUGGAAGUCCUGAGAUAGUUGUGCUUUUACAUGGUUUUCCAACAUCCAGCUAUGAUUGGUACAAGAUUUGGGAAGGUCUGACCCUGAGAUUUCAUCGGGUGGUUGCCCUCGAUUUCUUAGGCUUUGGGUUCAGUGACAAACCGAGACCACACCACUAUUCCAUAUUUGAGCAGGCCAGCAUUGUGGAGGCGCUUCUGCGGCACCUGGGGCUCCAGAACCGCAAAAUCAACCUUUUGUCUCAUGAUUAUGGAGAUAUUGUUGCUCAGGAGCUGCUCUAUAGGUUCAAGCAGAAUCGAUCUGGCCGCCUUACCAUCAAGAGUCUCUGUCUGUCCAAUGGAGGUAUAUUUCCUGAGACUCACCGGCCUCUCCUCCUUCAAAAGCUGCUGAAAGAUGGUGGCGUGCUCUCACCAAUCCUCACACGUUUGAUGAACUUCUUUGUCUUCUCUCGAGGUCUCACCCCAGUCUUCGGGCCAUACACGCGCCCCUCCGAGAGCGAGCUGUGGGAUAUGUGGGCAGGGAUCCGCAACAACGAUGGUAACCUGGUUAUCGACAGUCUCCUGCAGUACAUCAAUCAGAGGAAGAAGUUUAGAAGACGCUGGAUUGGAGCAUUGGCCUCUGUAAACAUUCCCAUUCAUUUCAUCUAUGGGCCAAUGGAUCCUGUGAACCCCUUUCCAGAAUUUUUGGAGCUGUACAGGAAAACGCUGCCGCGGUCCACAGUGUCGAUUCUGGAUGACCACAUUAGCCACUAUCCACAGCUAGAGGAUCCCAUGGGCUUCUUGAAUGCAUAUAUGGGCUUCAUCAACUCCUUCUGAGCUGGAGAGCAUAGCUUCCCUGUAUUAUUCCCCCCCCCCCACCCCCCAAAUCCCUGAUCUCUUGUGUAUUCCUUAGGAAGAAAGGCCCAACAGAGGUUCUGGCCACCAAACACUAUUCUCUUCCAAGGUCCACCUGCCUCACUUGGUGAACAGCGUAGAGUAAAAUGCCAGCAGAAGCUCUGACUGAGGGGACCUGGUAGUUCACCUCCCAUUCCUCUGACAUCUGGCCACGUGUAUAGACUCACCUUUGUCGUUGUGUUAUUAGGAAAUUCUGAUGAGCACUACCACUCACUGACGCUAAAAGCUAUUCAGUCAGUCACUUAAGUUUAUAAACAAAAACCCAUGAAUUUUGGAAAUACUUUAAAAUAUUGGCCCAACUCCUGUUGGAUCUUAAAGACUGAGGCGCUGCCUCACUUUUCCUUGAGUGGCAUUGAGGGCAAGUACUGUUCUAAAUUCCUGAACAGCCUCAAGUGAGAGUGGGUGGUCUCCCUUGCCAUACAUUUGGAUUUAGUUUCCUCUGCUGCUUCUAACUAGAACUUCUGUUGGAGUAGAUUUUAGUUUUUAAUUUAGUCUUCUAAGUAUGCUAGAGUUUAGUCUUUUACGUAUGCUUUGAAUAUGAUUUACUUAAACACACACACACACAUAUAUAUUUUUUACUAAACCAGCAGAUACUUACUCUGCUAGAGUAGUGAACCUUACUAAUAAGUGUUAAAUUUCAGAAUAAACUGAACUAAAUCCAAAUUCUGCAGAAUUUCCUAAAAUCACAGGACAUUAAGGACCAACAGCAUCUGUGCCAGAGAUUCACUGUUAUUUGUGGUUAGAAUUGGUCUUUCCAGCAAAUAACAGUACUGAUUCUUCAUACCUCAGUGCUUAGACACAUGUCCCUCCCGAGCUGGAGGGGAGGGGAUCGUGGUGUAGUCCAAGUUACCAUGCUGAAUGUACACUGAUUCCUCCGAGAAUGAUUGCUUAACUUCUCAUUGGUUGUCCCAGAGAGACUGCCGCACGUAACGUAGCAAUUCCUGUACUUUAUACACAGGAAUGUUCCAGAAACUUUUAAGAAAAAAUUCUGAAAGCAAUGGUGCUGAAUAUUUUUUUUAAAGCCACACUUUCAUUGUCUUAGUCAAAACAGUGAUUUUUAUUAGCAACCUCAAGUAUACUGAAACUGGAAUAAGUGUUUAUUUUCUAUUAAUAAAAAUGAAUUUUGACAAAA